AUAUAUAUAUAUACAAUCCACUUGGGCACCCCGGCCCCACCGGCAUCUUCCUAGCCCUAUCCUGUCCAGAGCUCCGCCUUCACAGCAUUUGCUCCGCCCACUCUCCCUAGGCCACACCCCUACCGAAUAGGGGGGCUUCCCUCGUUUCCCAAGUUGCGGGAGAGGCUGCUGCUUUGAAAUGGGCAGUUCCUGACAGAUGUCCCUUUCUACUUUUGGAACACUUCCCAACUAGCUCCUUGCUUGGGGAUGGAGAUAAAUGGCAGGAACUCAGUCCACACUCAAACCCUGCCCUCCCUUGAUGGAGGAGGAACCCUCUGGGCUUAGCCCAGACAUGCUGGCCACUGCAGAGCCCAGCUCCAGUGAGACUGGCAAGGAAGUGUUAUCCCCAGGUGUGACUGCUGCAGCUACCUCUUUCUCAAUGGGGGAGGAGUCCGGUCCGGACCAGACAGCCACACUCCCAGUGUGGGACCAUGGAGGGCUUGAAGGGGCCCAGCAAGGUUCCUCCUCAGCUCCAGACAGUGAACAACCUGGCCUUGGCUCAACCAGCACAGUCUCCGGGACCAAUGAGGACCUUCGGCCUCCCAGGCGACGCCCACCACCAGGAAAGCAGAUACCCUGCUCUAGCCCUGGCUGCUGCCUCAGUUUCCCCAGCAUUCGUGACUUGGCACAGCAUCUUCGCACCCAUUGCCCACCCACACAGUCCCUGGAAGGCAAGCUGUUCCGCUGUUCGGCCCUGAGCUGCACGGAGACUUUCCCCAGCAUGCAGGAACUGGUGGCCCAUGGCAAGCUGCACUACAAACCCAAUCGCUACUUCAAGUGUGAGAAUUGCCUUCUGCGCUUCCGCACACACCGCUCACUCUUCAAGCAUCUUCAUGUUUGCGCCGAGCAAGGGCAGAGCCCAGCCCCACCACCACCCCCAGCCCUCGACAAGGAGCCAUCUGCGCCGGAACGCCCCCUGGAGUCUGAUCCUGCAUCAGCGCCCAGCCUGCAGUUUCCGCUUCUCGAGCCCUUCAUGACUCCCGCCCCUGCCCCCACUGGGCCCUUCCUGCCCUACUUGAACCCCACACCCUUUGACCUAAGCCCCCCACGCCUGCGCCCCUUCCUGGCCGCUGCACCUGGGCUGCCAGCCUCCAGCGCUGCCGUGUGGAAAAAGAGCCAAGGUGCAGGAGGCAGUCCUCGGAGACCCCAGGGCGGCUCCGAUGCGCCCUCAGUGCGCCUUCUCCACGGCCUCUCGCCCCGCCAUGACCCUACACCUGGAGGACCACCGCCCUACCGCCCCCGUGGCCUCGGUGCCCCAGCAGCCACAACCCGAGGCCCCGGCGGAACGGGCCCCGCUUGCACCCAAGAUGUCGUUGCUGCUCUCUGAAGGGGAGUGUCCAGUUUUCUCACCGUUCUGAACCCUGCUGCACAGAGGUCAUAGAGGUCAUGAGGUGUGGGUAGUUUUGUAAUUUUAGGGGGGCCUGAAAUGGAUGGGGUGGGGGGACAAUAAAAGGCACAAUGAACUGGCCUGUGCUGUGUCCCUUGCCCUCUAAUGCACAGCAGCCUACCUAGCAGUCUUGGGUGCCCCCACCCAACUUGGGAGAGGGCAGGCCUCCCAUCACCAUCUACCUGUAUCCCACCUCCCCUGUCACCUCAACAUGGGACCUAUUCUCCAGC